AUGUUCGCGCACACGCUCGCGAUCUGGGUCGAGGCGAUCCGGGAGACGGAGCGGGGCCUGCUCCGCGACGACCUCAAGCUCGACGGCUGCGACGCGUGCCCCGCGGCGGGGUCGAAGCCCUACACGCGCUGGCGCGACGCCUGCGACCUCAACAAGGCCGCGCUCCGCAACGGCCCCCUGUCCUACUUCGCGCCCUUCGCCAAGGCCGCGGGCUGUGUGGAAAUCAACCAGAGAACAAGUUGCGUCGAAACCGUCGCAUAUGCUCACAUUGAAGUCGUUGAAGAUUCGAUUUCCACGCAGGCCGCGGGCGUCGCGCUCAACUUCAACUGCGCGCUCCUCGUGCUCCCCGUGACGCGGUCCGUGCUCAUCCUGCUCAACGGCCUCGGCGGCAACUACCGCGCGGCCCAGGAGCGGAGCGCGCUCUUCAAGAAGUACUUCGAGUCGCCCUUCGCGCGCUACGUGCCUCUGGCCAAGAACGUCGAGUUCCACAAGCUCGUCGCGUGGACGAUGCUCGCGCUCUCGCUCGUCCACACCGUCGCCCACUUCUUCAACUACUGGGCGUCGCCGCGCUACACCGUCGCGCGCUUCGCCAAGUGGGGCUGGGGCGGCACGUCCUUCGUGACGGGAGCGCUCGUCUUGGUGGCCAUGUUCUUCAUCUUCACGGCGGCGUCCGACGCCGUCAAGCGGGCGAACUUCGAGGUCUUCUGGGUCGCCCACCACUUCUUCCUCCUCUACUACGCCGCGCUCCUCCUCCACGGGCCCGUCUUCUACCUCUGGAGCCUCGUGCCGCUCGCCGCGUACGCGUACGAGCGGCGGCGCCGCGUCGUCCGGGGCAACGCGCCCUUCCUCGUCGCGCGCGUCGAGUGGAUCCCGCCCGUGCUCGCGGUCCACUUCCGGCCCGCGGACAAGCGCGACUUCGACUUCGCCGAGGGCACCUACGUGCUGCUCAACUGCCCCUUCGUGAGCCGCCACGAGUGGCACCCGUUCACGAUCUCGUCCGCGCGCGGCGACCUCGCCGCGGGCGCGCGCGUCGCCCUCGACGACGGCGAGACCGUCGUCGCCGUGGACCCGCCGGCGGCGCUGCCGCUGCGCGCGCGCGCGCGGUGGCGGCGCUACCGCCGCGCGUCCGCGGACCCGGCGACCGUGUGCGACGACGACUUGCUCGCGGCGCACGAGACGGCGCACCACGACUUCGUGUCCUGCCACAUCAAGGUCCACGCGGCCGCGCCGGGCGAGCCGCCGACGUGGACGCAGGCGUUGAAGGACUACCUCGAGAUGAUGGCGCCGCGCCGCGACUACCCGUUCCACUUCACGCGGCGCGACGACCGGGGGGAGCUGCUCCUGGGCCGCGCCCGGGGCCCGGACCUCGGGCAGAUCCUGAGGGUGGACGGGCCCCACGCGGCGCCGGCGAUGCACUACGACAAGUACGGCUCCGUGCUCGUCGUGGGCGCGGGCAUCGGCAUGACGCCGUGCGCGUCCGUGCUCACGGCCAUGCUCAAGUACCGGUGGCGCGCGGGCUUCAAGCCCGAGAUCCUCCACUUCUACUGGGUCGUCGCGCACGGCGACGUGCCCGCGUUCGAGUGGCCGCCGCGCGACGAGCCGGGCGCGCUGCCGCGCGUCUUCACCGCGCGCCAGCUCUUCGACGAGCUCCUGUCGCCGGCCGUGUCGUCCAAGGACCAGGCCGCGGCCAUGGCCGCGGGCGGCGCGGCGCCGAACCGGUUCCAGGACACGUGGGUCUGGAACGGCCGGCCCCAGUGGGACGCGAUCUUCGAGGGCGUCCGCGCGGGCCGGCGCCACAAGGACAUCGGCGUCUGCUUCUGCGGCACGCCCGUCAUCGGCGCGGACCUCGACCGCAUGUGCAAGAAGCACUCCUCGACGCACGACGACUGCAUCUUCACGCUCCACAAGGAGAACUUCUAA